AUGGCGUUAAUGUUUACAGGACAUUUCUUAUUUUUAGCAUUAGUGAUGUUUGCUUUCUCUACUUUUGAGGAAUCUGUAAGCAAUUACUCUGACUGGGCUGUUUUUGCAGAUGAUAUGGAUCAGUUUAAGACACAGAAAGUGCAAGAUUUCAGAUCCAACCAAAAGCAGAAAAAAAGUAUGCUUUAUCCAAGUUUGUAUUUCGAUGCGGGAGAGAUUCAAGCAAUGAGACAAAAGUCUCGCACAAGCCAUUUGCACCUUUUUAGAGCUAUCAGAAAUGCAGUGACAGUUAUGCUGUCCAACCCAACAUACUACCUACCUCCACCCAAGCAUGCUGACUUUGCUGCCAAGUGGAAUGAAAUUUAUGGUAACAAUCUGCCUCCUUUAGCUUUGUACUGUUUGCUAUGCCCAGAAGACAAAGUUGCCUUUGAAUUUGUCUUGGAAUAUAUGGACAGGAUGGUUGGCUACAAAGACUGGCUAGUUGAGAAUGCACCAGGGGAUGAGGUCCCAGUUGGCCAUUCCUUAACAGGCUUUGCCACAGCCUUUGACUUUUUAUAUAACUUCCUAGAUGCUCACCGAAGACAGAAAUACCUGGAAAAAAUAUGGGUGGUUACCGAGGAAAUGUACGAGUAUUCCAAGGUCCGGUCAUGGGGCAAACAACUUCUUCAUAACCACCAAGCUACGAAUAUGAUAGCACUGCUCACCGGGGCUUUGGUGACGGGGGCAGAAAAAGAUUCUAAAGUAAAUUUAUGGAAGCAAGUUGUGGUAGAUGUGAUGGAAAAAACCAUGUUUCUAUUGAAUCAUAUUGUCGAUGGUUCUUUGGAUGAAGGUGUGGCGUAUGGAAGCUACACGGCUAAAUCAGUCACACAGUAUGUGUUUCUGGCCCAGCGCCAUUUUAAUAUCAACAACUUGGAUAAUAACUGGUUAAAAAUGCACUUUUGGUUCUAUUAUGCCACCCUUUUACCGGGAUUCCAAAGAACUGUGGGCAUAGCAGAUUCCAAUUAUAAUUGGUUUUAUGGUCCAGAGAGCCAGCUGGUUUUCUUGGAUAAGUUCAUCUUAAAGAAUGGAGCUGGGAACUGGUUAGCUCAGCAGAUUAGAAGGCACCGACCUAAAGAUGGACCGAUGGUCCCUUCCACUGCCCAGAGAUGGAGCACUCUUCACACUGAAUACAUCUGGUAUGAUCCCCAGCUCACCCCACAGCCUCCCGCUGAAUAUGAUCAGAAACUGACCUAA